CUGAAAUGAAGCUGGUGCAGGUGAAAUGAUACAGCUAGUUCUGCGAGUUCUUGCGACAGAGUUCAGCUGUUUAAAACACUGACGACUUCAACAAACAAGAAUGGAUCCGUCAUAUUAACCGGUACACAAGAUCUUCAACAGAGGCCUCUGCAGGUAUGGAAAACGGAGGCUCGAUGACUGGACUGGACUUUGGGGAGGCAAUGUGGGAAUUCGCAGAGAAGAACCGGUGCAUCUUGUGCCGUUUUAUCAAUCCCAACAAGCUGACCUCAUACCUGCGCCAAUGCAAGGUCAUCGAUGAGCAGGACGAAGAUGAGGUACUCAACUCUCGCCUGCUGGAAUCCAAAGUCAGCCGUGCAGGUCGAUUGUUGGACAUCCUGCACACGAAAGGAGAACGAGGAUAUGUGGUGUUUUUAGAGAGUCUGGAACUGUACUACCCUGACCUCUAUAAACUUGUCACGGGGAAGGAACCUACCCGCAGAUGUUCAACUAUAGUCGUUGAAGAGGGCCAAGAGGGGCUCAUCCAGUUUUUAAUGAAUGAAGUCAUAAAGUUGCAGAAUCAAUCGAAGGCUAAAGACGUGCAGCGGAUGGACGUCAUGACCAAAUGUCGCACGCUAGAGGACGAGCAUAAGAAGCUAAGGCUGGCUAACCAAGAGCUGCUUACCUUCCAGGAGCGUUACAAUAAGAUGAAAGAAGAGCGCAAUAAUUACAACGAUGAACUCAUCAAGGUGAAAGACGACAACUAUCAGCUGGCCAUGCGAUAUGCCCAGCUCAGCGAGGAGAAGAACAUGGCUGUUAUGAGGAGCCGAGACUUGCAACUAGAGAUUGACCAGCUAAAACACAAACUCAACAAGGUUGAGGAAGAAUUUAAAAUGGAGAGAAGACAGUCUCUGAAAUUGAAGAGCGACAUCGAGAGCCGACCUCGGAAAGAGCAGAUAUUCGAGCUGGAGCGAGAGAACGAAGUUCUGAAGAUCAAAGUCCAGGAGUUACAAUCUAUCAUACAGCCGGGGCCUCUACCUGAUUCGGACAAGGCCAUCUUGGAUAUCCUGGAGCAUGACAGACAGGAGGCUCUGGAGGAUCGGCAGGAGCUAGUUAACAGACUGUAUAAUCUGCAUGAGGAGGUUCGACAGGCCGAGGAGCUGAGGGACAAGUACCUGGAAGAAAAGGAGGACCUCGAACUCAAGUGCUCCACUUUGGUGAAGGACUGUGAAAUGUACAAGAACCGCAUGAAUACCAUCAUGGUGCAGCUUGAAGAGGUGGAACGUGAACGAGACCAGGCUUUCAAGUCAAGAGAUGAUGCUCAGCACCUCGCGUCUCAGUGUCUGAUCGAUAAAGAUAAAUAUCGCAAGCAAAUACGGGAGUUGGAGGAAAAGAGCGACGAGCUUCAAAUUGAGAUUGUACGAAAAGAAGCCAAGAUAGUCAACUUGGAGUGCAAACUAAGACGUAUGUCCAAGGACAAUGGCUUGGAUCAGAGUUUGCCAAGAGACCUUACCCCACAAAUCAUAGCUGAGCGCUUUGGCCAACCUGACCCAAAUACAGGAGGACCUUCAGAGGAUUCUGGAGAAGAUCCUGUAGAAGAUCAAGAGCAUAAGUUCACACGCAGAUAUAACAUCAAAAGAACAAAAUCUCCAAUUACCGCACCAAAAACGCUGCCGUUUCACGCCACGCCUGUGACCAAUGGAGAUUCAUCAGAACCUGUGAUCGGUGGCAACCUUAGUCCGGUCAAUAGCACGCUCAGUUAUCCUAUAUCGGAUAUCUGCAAUAAAAAUUUGCGUUGCCGUAAUGAUAGCAUAUUGUCCACUGCACCUGAGCCUCCGGACCAUCAAUCUAUUGUAAGAAGGAUCAAGGAGAAUCCAAACUCCCAAUUCAAGUGUGUUCCUCUUUCAGACACAGCAGACACUGACAGUGGAGACAAUGCAGAUAUGGAUGACCAUGACCUUGACAUGUCCUCCUACGCGCCUUCAUCCAUCCACUCAUCUUCAUCAUCCUACCAGUCUGAUACAAUGGACUGCUAUGAUCUGGAGCAAGUCCGUAAAAUCUUCAGGAAGUUCUCUUUGGAAAGACCGUUUCGUCCUUCAUUGACUUCAGGUCCUAUACUCAGCUCAAUGCGGCCUGCGAAAAGCCUUUCUCUCUCAGGAGAAAACCUUCUGUCAGAAAUUAGUCUGAUUGGUGGAAACGAGAGUGGCAUCUUUGUGGCCUCUGUCCAGCCUGGCUCUAAUGCAGAUCGGGCCGGGGUUAAGGUUGGCCACCAUCUCUUAAUGCUGGAAGGCAGUGUCCACGGAGAAUCCCAGAAUGUGGCUUUGGACACAUGCACCAAAGAGGAAGCUCACUGGACCCUGCAGAGGUGUACCGGAGAGGUACAUCUCCAUUACAAGUGCAACUGUGAUGGCUACAGACGGCUGCUGAAGGAUAUUGAAGAUGGAGCGGUGGUGUCCGGAGACUCCUUUUACAUACGACUCAAUCUGAACAUCUCCAGUCAGUCGGACAGCUGCUCUUUAAACGUACGGUGUGAUGAGGUCCUCCAUGUGUUGGAUACCAUGCACCAGGGCAAGUGUGAAUGGCUAUGUGCUCGUGUAGAUGCUUUCACCAACAAGGACCUGGAGAGAGGCACUAUACCAAGCUACUCCAGAGCCCAGCAACUUCUCUUGGUGAAGAUUCAAAAGGUGAUGUGUCGUGGAGGUCGAGAGGAAAUCGACACUCUGCGGGGGCUUCGGCCUGAGGAACCCACACCAUCUUCAGACCCCAAGUUUAGUCCACGGAUGUCCAGGGCCGGCAUCUUCAUCUGUCAGAUAUUACAGUUUGUCAGCAGGGCAGAUAACAAGUAUAAAAGGAUGAACAGCAGUGAGCGUGUCCGCAUUGUCAAUGGAGGAAAUCUAUCAUCGGUUUCCAGACCGGGUUUUGAAACGCUGAAGCCCGAGGACUCUUCUGACCCCGAAAGUGAAUUAAAUAAGAGCUUGAACCUGAUACCGUACAGUCUUGUGACCCCACACCAAUGUCAACGCAAAAGGCCUGUCUUCUUCACGCCCAACGUCUUGGCCAAGACCAUCGUCCAGAAGUUCCUUAAUCUUGGAGGUGCUAUGGAAUUCAACAUCUGCAAACCAGACAUUCUGACAAAAGAUGAAUUCCUCAUAAAACAGAAGAUAGAGCCCAUCAUUUAUUCCAAAGAAAAACAAGCAGCCACGUAUGAAUGCAUCACCCCAGAAAACAUUGAAGCGGUGGCUUUCAAGAAUAAGCACUGUCUAUUGGAAGCUGAUCUGAGCUGCGUGAAAGACCUGCUGAGAAGAGAAAUCUACCCCAUUGUGAUCUUCAUUAAAAUCUGUGAAAAGAACAUCAAAAAAUUAAGAAGGCUCCCACUGCGAGUAGACUAUGAGGAGGAGUUUUUGAAGAUGUGCCGCUCCAAAGAGAAAGAGCUGGAGACUCUGCCUUGUUUGUAUGCCACCGUGGAGCCGGACUCCUGGAGUAGUGUGGAGGAUCUUCUUAAGAUCAUUAAGGACAAGAUUUUUGAGGAGCAAAAGAAGAUUGUCUGGGUCGAACAGGAUCUGCUCUAGGUGGGCUAUUGUAAACAAAUUGGAAGCACAGGAUAGGGAUCCACCCGUGAUAACGGUGCAACGGGGUUAAUGUUGUGUCUGCACACUGAAACACGGUCUGGUACCAGCUCUGGGUAAAUGUAUCCAACACAGGAACAGGAAGUGACUCUGUCAAAAGACGCAGAUGGGCUGGGUGUGUACAAAACAAAUUAUAUAACACAUGAAGAAGGAAUUGUAUCAUGUGAUGCCCCUGAGGAAUAUAUAGUAAGCAGUUCUUACUUCUCUUUAAACAAAGCCGUUGUGACUAAAACACACCUUGCACCGCCAACUGCAUUUUGCUUCUAAACACAAACUUAUGUGAAUGACUGUAAAUGCUUUUAGGGUUGCAAUAUACAGUAUCCACAGUAAAUAUUUGAAUGAUAUAUUUAAUUACUUUAUUAUUUCAGACAAUUCUUACGUACAUAUUUAUUUUAAUAUAAACCCACCGUUUAUAUUAUAGGAAUGUGUUUGUUGAAUGUGAUUGUUAGCCUUCAAGUGUGUCCGUUUCCGCUGCCAAACAACCUGCUUGUCAAGGUUUUAAAUGCUGCAUGCUGUAGUUCAAGGGCAUUAAAUUUGUUUAGUUUUUAUGUUGACAUAUGUUGUAAUCCUUUAGGUUUUAUUUGUAGCUUUAUCUUUUCUAGAUGUUAUCAUAAAAAUGAGGAGUUCAGAUGCAAGGGCCUCUAAGGGCGUCUUGACACGUUUUCUUGUAAGUUAGCAUUUUUAUCAGGCUUUUUUGUUUAGGUUCAGUAAUUUCACUUUAAUGUCGAAGAAAAAGAUAUCAGUAACUGACAUGCCUUAUUUUUUACAAAUGUCAAUUCAUUGGUAUUUAACAAAUUUGACCGUCUUUCGCUGCAAAACCCUCUAAGUGCAUGCAAGCUCCACAAACGAUUGUAAAAAUUAAGAAACUAAUCCACACAUAAGGGUGCGCUGUUAUGCAUGUGGCUGCCACAUUCGGGUUGUGUUCAGUAUUGUGAAUAUAUUGUGUCCAAAUACUCACAAGGGACCCAAGUUUGACUCUAAACGGGGUCGCACACCGUGAAUCUAAAAACAGAACUUUUCUUUGAAUGUACGCACACUGGCGGUGGCUGUCCGCUGUGACUCAAGAUGCUGCUCAAAUCCCUGUCGCGCCACUCACAUAGUUUAACAUUAAAUAACAUCAUAUUUGUCCCAAAUCAUUAGCGAUUAACAUUGGCUGCUAACGUAUAUUUUGCACUUUGAAGUAGAUGCUAUCUGACAAAGCUAUCGCUAUUUAAUGUGCACUUCCGGUGUACGAUACUUCCCAGUUGUCCUAGAUGCGACGUGGGCGCUUCUCAUCCGGUGUGCGACCCCCUUAAGGGGUGGUUUCCAGGACAGGGCUUAGAUUAAUCCAGGACUAGGCCUUAGCUAUUUUAGGACAUUGAAGUAUUUUUAUUUGACCUUUAUUUAAUCAGGAAAAUCUCUCUGAGAUUCAAAAUCUCUUUCACAGACGAGUCCUGACCUAGCGAGGACAGCAGUUUUUACAAACAAACCUUACAAAAAACAAUAGUGGUUUGCAUCUUAAAACACAACAAUGGCACUGAUAUACUGUAAGUUAAGACAUGUAUGUACAAUGUGUUUUUAAAGAAAUGCAGGUCAAACAUUCAUUUUACUAGGAUAAAAUCUCCAUAAAUCAUCCAAUUCAUUUUACGUGCACAUAGAGGAAUUUGCUGAAAAAUCCAAUUUCGCGUUUAGCGAAUUCUGCGUAUUAGUAUUUCUGUAUGGUCCGAGGUCAGGAUCAAACAGAUUUAAAGCGAAAGUGUUCGAUUAAAAUAUAUUACGUGUCGAGAGCAUUCUGUGAAUAUCAUUAUCUCGAUUUUGACGCAGGCGGCGGUUAGCCGCUUUUGCAUCUGUGCUCCUCAAAUGAUGUCUUUGUAUAAGAGUUGUUUUUUGUCAUUUCUGAUGUAUAGCCAAAAUCCAAACACCCUCUGUACAGAUGACUGCCUGCCAUCCAAACAUUUCAUAGUUUAUGGGUAUUUAAAAAUAGUUUUAGAUAAAGUAUAGCACGCCAUACUGCAGUACACAGCUGUCAGUGAUUGACGUGUCAUGGCAACUUCCCUACUACCCUUCUGGUGGUCUCUGUGAUUUAAACAUACAGUAGACAAAUGUAUAUAAUAUAUUUAUUGUUUAGGUUGAUGCUUUUUGUACCAGACUCUGGAUUGAACUACAGAUCUUUAUAUCUGCAAUUUUUAUUGAUCCCUAAAAUAUGCAUAUUUGUAAAUGUGUAAUUAUUCAUGUCAGUGCCUUACAUGUACAUCAAAUCCCCCAAAAGAAGAAUUUUUUUUACUUUGUUUUGUUUACAUGUAAAUUAUAUACUAUAAAAGACAGGAAGGUAUUUUAUGUAGCCGACACAACAGUGCAUGAUGUGUUUUAUAUAAUAAAUGACUCUGAGCUGCA